AUGGCUCCCGGUCUGAGGAGUGGGCGGACAGGUCACCCCAAAGUGGUGGGAGCCGGCGGAGCGGAACCCGGUGGGUGCUCGCCGCAAAGGACGGAUGCCGGAGGAGAGGGGAGGUGUUUGAGGACCAGGUGGCGAGCCGGAGCAGCGGGGAUGCUUGCAAACUGUCUGCUGUCUGUGGGAACGCUUUUGCUUCUUGUCCGGUGCGCUUCGGCCGCAGAGGAAAAAACUUCCUAUGAUGCCUCCGGCUCCUCUUCUUUGCAAAGCGACCCCGCAGCCGCAGGUGCUCCUGCUCAUCCAUUGGCUGAGCUGUCGUUGGCAGAGGAGGUGCCUUUCUCAGUCGUCCAUUCAGAUGGUGACUCAGAGUCGGAGGGGGAAGGUUUGUCGGGGCAGGCUGCCUUUUCUUCUGUCUUAACUGUCAUGGCAGGAACUGUCAAACAUCCGGUGAGCAUUGAUCAAAUUAGAACCUCGCCGACUAUCACCAGGGACGGGACCCACACCACCCAAUGGCCUUCACACAGUUCCAGCCAGGGCUCAGAGAUGUCCUCCUCAUCGUCGUCUGCGGGAGACAGGAUCCUCGCUGCCCGCUCAGAGACCGGGACAGAGUUAACCGCUGGAACAUCCAGAGCAGUUGCGCUCAGUUUCCCCAAAGAAAAAGUGGCCAGUCUAGCCCCCUCUCAAUCGGUCAGAAUUACCCUUUCUGCUGGGCCCACCGAGAGGAUGUCUCAGGUAUCACCUCUGCCCCCUCGACAGGACACCACAACAGCCUCUGUCAAGCUCACCACCACAACUGCAGCUUCAACCACCAAAACUAAAAACCCCACCACUACCACGCCUUCCCCAGGACUCACCACAGCAAGCACACAGUCUACCACCGCUAGCACACCGCAGCCCACGCCUGUGACCAGGAGAACGACGACCACUACGACCAUCAGGACUCAGACCAGCAGGAGAACGUUCACACCACCUGUCCCCAGGACGAGCUCUCCCAGGGGGACCACCACCAUCUUUAAUUCCCCGUUUACCACCACCACAGAGGCUCCACCGCAGCAGUGCAACAUCACAGAGAGAUUGUGGGUGAAAACAGUUGUUUCCAUCUAUGUCAGAAGAAACAGGCUGGACAGCAUUCAAAGGCAGAACCUGCGAAGGGGACUAAGUCAGGGCCUCCGAAAAGCUCUGAAUGAUAGUUCAGCCCAGGCUCAGGUGGAGACGGUAUUCGGUUCUCCCAACAUGACAGUGGCUUAUCACGUGACUGGAGGGGACAGUGUUUACUCUCCCUCCGUAGUGCUGGAAGGCUUGGACUCCUAUGGCCGUGAUAAGCUGAUUGCAGACCUGCGACAGUACCUCCCCAUGGUAACAGCCCUGCCCCUCCCUGUUGCAUUGUGGAGACCCAGCCCAGCCACUGGCUUCCAGCUGAAAACAGUGCUGCAGUUUGUGGGAGCAGGCGAUGAUCCUCGGUCCUGUCGCUUCUCUCAGAUGAUGGAACAGAGGCUUGAGAAGGUGUUUUCUGAAGCGCAGGCCAAAGUGCUCAACACCAACGGCAGACUCUCUGUACAGAUGCUGAGUGUCUCCCAGGCAGCAGCCUCUCCUGCUGUGUCAUUGGUCUACACUGUGAGGAAUGGGACUGUCUUCCUAAAUGGCACCACUGCCUCAAACCUCCUUGGUCAGCUGUCAGCUGAGCUGGUGGGCUACUUCCUCUUCUAUCCACCACUUAUCAUUGCUGAGCCAAUGGAGUACCACAAUCUGAACACCUCUAUUGCCACCAGAGACUUCUGGGUUAUCACAGUGAUCCAGGACGUGGAUAACGCCAGCCUGGAGGGACAGUACCAAAGCUUUGCCAGUCUAAUGGAGCAGCGGCUGGCAGAGCUGUUUGUGUUGGCAGGGCAGCAGGGCACUCGUUUCAGACGAGCCACUGCUGUAGGCAGCUACACUGUCCAGAUGGUGAACAUUCGUAGGGUGUCCGGGUUGAAGAAUCCGGCAGAGAUGACCUACUACGUCCAGCACAAGGGCGUUCCUCUAUCGGGCGCCUUAGCUGCCAAGGUCCUGAACACAGUGGAUUCUCAGACCAUGGCGCUCACCCUGGGAUACUUUGUCCAGCUGCAAGCAGAACCUGUGGUCAAGAACCCUCCUAAUAACCUUUGGAUCAUCGCUGCAGUGUUGGCCCCCAUCGGCGUAGUAACGCUCAUUAUUAUCAUCAUCACAGCUGUGCUGUGCCGGAAGAAUAAAAAUGACUUUAAAGCCGAUGCCAUCGGCAACCUCAAUCCUCGAGCCAAGAUGGCGUAUCGGAGAGACGUGGGCUAUUAUCACCAGCCAGUCCAGGGUUUUGACUAUGCCAAGCAGCACCUGGGCCAACAGGGAGGGGAUGAGGAGACCCUGCCUGUCAGUCAGGAUACCUUAGUGAUGUCCCUCCAAAUUCGGGACACACCACUCUCACUAGAAAAAGCCCUGCAACAAGACGGAACAGCCAAUAAGAAAAGCCUCACCACUGACAAACACAAAAGCAAGUUGCCGAGUGAGGACGGUUCCGUCAUCAGCAACGAAUCAGAGAAGCUGAAUUCCGGCAGGGGCUUGACAGUGCUGAAAGUCACAGCACAGCAGAAACUGACAAAGGAGGAGACGCGCAAGAGGGACGAUCCAUAUGACACCUCCUCUGGCUCCCUGCAGCUCAUUUCCAUAAAGCCCAUGGCGGCUCAGCCCAACUACUCGCACCCUGCGUCCUCUGACCGCAGCCAGGACUCAGCCGUCGUCAACGGAGAGGUGAACUUGGCUCUGAAGCAGAAGUCAGACAUCGAGCACUACAGGAACAAACUGAGGCUGAAGGCUAAGCGGAAGGGCUAUUAUGACUUCCCCUCCACCGACGGCAGCAGCAGCGGCCGGGCCCUGGCGCAGAGGCAGCGGCACGGCCAUGAGAGGGCAGCCGGUGAGCAUGGCAGACCACUGGAGCCUGAUGAUGAGCGAGGUUCCACUUAUGUCAAGUCUCACAGGAGGCACUCCCAGGUAGGGCAGACGGCCUAUCGCAGCAGACAGAGUCUGAGUAGUCCCAGUCCUGGAGGAACAGAGAUGGACCUGCUUGUUAUGAGAGAGAGACCCAGGAAAGGCAUUCGCAACAGCGGCUAUGAUACUGAGCCUGAGUUGAUUGAGGAGACGAAUGUUGACCGUUUAAUGGGGCCGCGGGGAUACAUGUAUGGCCGCGGCUUGAAAGGCCACUCAGAGACGUCCACUCUGAGCUCACAGCCGUCCAUUGAUGAAGUGCGACAGCAGAUGCACCUGCUGCUGGAGGAGGCAUUCAGCCUGGCUUCGGGGGGCCAGUCCACAUCCGGAAGGCACUCCCAUCACCACCACCCACCUCCUGACCACUACAGCCAUGCACCGCCUCCCCUCCCCUACGCAGAUGUGGUGACCAGCGCCCCAGGUACAAUGAGCUGUGGACGGGGAGGCCUGCAGUGGGUACCAUCUUAUGGUGCAGAUGUGUAUCAGUGCAGCCUGCCCAAACCGGCCUUUCACUUCACCCAGCUCCCUGAGAUGGCCAUGGGUUCUCCUCCCCCUUUACCACCUCGCAAUGGACCUCCUCCUGGGACCUCUUUAAGACGUUCCACUUCUGACUUGGGGCCUAAGGGAAGGAGCUCAGAGACAUCUGUCGCUGAAAUGCAGAGUCAACAUGACAACAACCCAUAUGGGCCAACUACUAGAGCAGCACUUCCAUCUAUCACUGCGGAGCAGCCUGUGUCCAACUACUCAGGAAACCCAAUAACAGCCGUGUACGCCAUCCCAGCCACCAGGCCCGGCUACUCAGAAUACUUUGUCUCCACACCACCCACCUCCUACCACAGUCCCUCCUGGAUGUCCUAUCCACCUGAGCCUGAGGAUGUGCCGCCACAGUGGGCAGACUCUUUGCCCCUGCCUGGGUAUGUUGAGGCUUUUCCUCAUCCUCGCUAUCCACAGGGGAGCCCCACCAGGCUGCCCCUGCAGUAUAACCAGGCACUGGAGCAGCCGCCCACUGCCCCUAGCACAGGUUCCCAGCAAAGCCUGCCCCAGGUGGUGAAGGACAUGGACAGCAUGCCCCUGAGCAGCCUCUCCACCUCUGCACUCGUGCAGGCUAUCCGGCAGGAGGUGGCCAAGCUGGCGAAGAAGCAGAACGACAUGUUUGAGUUCUAG